CUAUGAGGCCCCUGCCGCCGGUCGGCGAUGUCCGACUGGAGCUGUCGCCUCCUCCGCCGCCGCUGCCGCUGCCGGCUGUGAGCGGGUCUCCGGUGGGCUCCUCCGGGCGUCUCAUGGCCGCUAGCAGCUCCCUGGUGCCCGACCGGCUGCGCCUGCCUCUCUGCUUCCUGGGCGUCUUUGUCUGCUAUUUCUACUAUGGGAUCCUGCAGGAAAAGAUAACAAGAGGAAAGUAUGGGGAGGGGCCCAAGCAGGAGACGUUCACCUUUGCCUUAACUCUGGUCUUCAUCCAGUGUGUGAUCAAUGCCGUGUUCGCCAAGAUCUUGAUCCAGUUUUUUGACACUGCCAGGGUGGACCGAACUCGGAGCUGGCUCUAUGCUGUCUGUUCUGUCUCCUAUCUGGGUGCCAUGGUCUCCAGCAACUCAGCACUGCAGUUUGUCAACUACCCGACUCAGGUCCUUGGUAAAUCCUGCAAGCCGAUCCCAGUCAUGCUCCUUGGGGUGACCCUCUUGAAGAAGAAGUACCCGCUGGCCAAGUACCUGUGUGUGUUGCUUAUUGUGGCUGGAGUGGCCCUCUUCAUGUACAAACCCAAGAAGGGCGGCGGGGCUGAGGAGCACACGGUGGGCUACGGCGAGCUGCUUCUGCUGCUGUCUCUGACCCUGGAUGGACUGACAGGCGUUUCCCAGGACCACAUGCGAGCUCACUAUCAGACCGGCUCCAACCACAUGAUGCUGAACAUCAACCUUUGGUCCACGUUGCUGCUGGGAGCUGGACUCCUGUUCACUGGGGAGCUCUGGGAGUUCCUGCGAUUUGCCGAGAGGUUCCCCGCCGUCAUCUAUAACAUCCUGCUCUUCGGCCUGUCCAGUGCCCUGGGCCAGAGCUUCAUCUUCAUGACAGUCGUCUACUUCGGGCCCCUGACCUGCUCCAUCAUCACCACAACUCGGAAGUUCUUCACUAUUCUGGCCUCCGUGAUCCUCUUCGCCAACCCCAUCAGCGCCAUGCAGUGGGUGGGCACUGUGCUGGUGUUCCUGGGUCUCGGUCUCGACGCCAAGUUUGGGAAAGGAGCCAAGAAGACCUCCCACUAGGAAGACAGCACCUCCGUCCACAAGCGUUUAAGUUAUUAUCUCACGCGGAGUCUCUUGGGAAGGGAAGAUAGACUCAAUAGUGAUAAGGGACUGGGUUCUGUUUUUGUUUUUGUUUUUUUUUUUAAUUGAAGCAAAAUCACAUAUUCUAAAAAAGCACCUGGAUGUUAA